GGGACAGGAUCCUUCAUAAAGAUGGUGUCCUCAUAAUUCAGAAUGCCGCUAUUCAAGAUACAGGAAUCUAUGUUUGUGAGCUUAAUAAUUCAGUGGGGCAAGACAAAUCCGAAACGAAACUCUUGGUUUCAGCUCCGCUUUCAGCAAAAAUCGAUCCAGAAUCGCAGAUCGUUGAUGUCGGCAAAAUGGCUACUCUAAGUUGUCGCGUCAUGGGUCAUCCUGUCCAUUCAGUUGUGUGGUUAAAGAAUGGUCUUCCUUUAGCAGCCAGUGGACCUGUAAACCUUGUCUCGAGAGAUAUCCUGCAAAUCAAUCCUGUGCGUCGAGAGGAUUCAGCUAUGUACCAGUGCUUCGUUAGCAAUGAUCAGGAAAUCGUACAGGGUACUGCUGAACUAUUCGUUGCAGAGGACGCACCAGUUUUCACUUACGCCUUUUCAGAGCAAGCUGUACACCCUGGAAUCUCCGUGUCUUUGAAAUGUUCUGCAUCCGGAAACCCUCUGCCCCAAGUGACAUGGUUAGUGGAUGGAUAUCCCGUCCCCGAAGCAUACCACAUAAGAGUUGGCGACUACGUAAGCGACGAAAGGACAGUCAAUAGUUAUGUUAACGUGUCCAGCGUCACAGUAGAGGAUGGUGGAACUUACCAGUGCAUUGCCCAGAACGGAGUUCGGGGCCUCGCCCACUCCAGACGACUUAAUGUAUUUGGACCUCCGUUCAUCAGGCCCAUGAGGAACGUCACUGCUUUGGAUGGACAGAGCGUCGUAAUUCAUUGCCCAGUAUCCGGGUACCCAAUUAGCAAAGUUUACUGGGAAAGAGAAGGCAGAACUCUACCUCACAAUCACAGGCAAAAGACAUUCCCAAAUGGGACUUUGAUUAUCGAAGAUAUACAGAGAUCACGUGAUGGAGGAAAGUACCAUUGUAUUGCUGAAAAUAACCAGAGUCGAACAGCUCGAAGAGAUGUCUCCCUUAAUGUUAUGGCUCCUCCGGUCGUAGAACCAUUCUUUUUCGCAUCUGGCUUAUCAGAAGGUAAAAGAGCUACAGUGACUUGUGUUGUUGCUUCUGGAGAUCUGCCUAUUCGAAUUUCCUGGAUGAAAGAUGGAAAGCCUUUGCCAGACGAUCUUAGAGGUUCUAUUAGUACUGUCAACGAAUUUACUUCGACUUUAUCUUUCAGUAGUGUGUCUCAAAAUCAUAAUGGAAAUUACACUUGUAUAGCGACUAAUCCCGUAGCAUCAAGAAACCAAACUGCCACCAUGAUUGUCAGAGUUCCUCCUAAAUGGCGAACAGAACCUUCAGAUAAAUCUGUUGUUAUGGGCCAGCCUGUUGUAUUUGACUGCCAAGCUAAUGGUUAUCCAGAUCCUGUUAUAAGGUGGAAAAGGUCUACAGAGGGCUCCAAGAGUCAGUUUCAAGUGAUCAUUAGCAACGAAAAUGUUCAAAUCUUGGAAAAUGGUUCCUUGAUCAUCAAAGAGGCCUCUAAAGAUGACAACGGGGAUUACAUGUGCCAAGCCACUAAUGAUGUCGGAUCUGGACUGAGCAAAGUCGUACAUCUUAAAGUGCAUGUUGGAGCCCAUUUUGCAGAGAAGUUCAAAGCUCUGACUCUUACAAGAGGUCAAAGUGCAACGCUGACAUGCAAAGCAAUUGGAGAGAAACCAUUAACUAUAUCUUGGAGUAAGGACAGACACCCUUUUAAUCCGUCUUUUGAACCACGAUAUGUUUUUGAAGAGAGAAUUUUCUCAGAAGGCAUGGAGGCUACCAUUAAGAUAUCUUCCGUAAAUCGCAAAGACUCGUCCCUGUUCACUUGCGUGGCUCACAAUGCAUACGAUAGAGACGAUACUAACUAUCAAAUAGUUGUUCAAGAGCCGCCGGAUAGGCCACCCACAGUUGAUGUUACCAAUAAAGGCAGUCGUUCUUUGACUAUUACAUGGGCAGCACCUUAUAGCGGCAACAGCCUAAUUACGAAAUACAUAAUUGAGCAUAAGACUGUAAAAGAACCGUGGUCUUUGGCUAAAAUCACAAAUGUUGAUACUACUGAUACCGUUUACACAAUACAAGGACUUCUGCCCCAUACUACAUAUCAUGUACGUGUAAAAGCCGAAAAUGCAAUUGGAAGUGGAGAUUUUAGUGAGCCUAUCACAAUAGUAACAGAAGGUGAAGCGCCAAACGGACCACCAAAAGAUGUAAGAGCUAAAGCAACCAGUUCUAGAAGUAUACAAGUCACAUGGAAGCCUCCAUCGAAGGAGGAUAUCCUGUCACCAAUUGAUGGUUACUACGUUGGAUACAAAAGCAGAUUAGGGGAUCAAUUUGCUUACAAAACUCUAGAAACGUCUCAUGGAGGACUUCUAGAAUGUGAAAUUACUGAUUUAAGCAAAAAUACCAAGUACAGAGUUAUUGUUCAAGCUUUCAACAGUAAAGGGGCUGGUCCUCCAUCAGAAGAAACGCAAGUGCAAACGUUAGAGUUUGAUCCUCCGAAUGCUCCAGUUCUCCGCUUAAUCACAGCUACUGCCUCUUCAAUUCAUUUAGCCUGGGAACUUAACGAAGAAAAUUCUAAUCCUGUAGCAGGAUAUAUUCUGUUUCAAAAAUCCGAAGCUCCAGAAUGGGAAGAAGUACAGUUAUCGGAAGAACGGAAUAGUUACGUUUUUCAUGGUCUUCAAUGUGGCAUGAGGUAUCAGUUUUAUUUAGUGGCAUUUAAUGUUGCUGGAAGAGGUCAACCCAGUGAUGUAAUUUCUGCAAGAACAGAAGGAACAGUUCCGGUAGCACCCGUGAGAGAAUCCUUGCUCACCAUCAAUUCUACAUUUAUCAUCAUUCAUUUGACUAGCUGGAAAAGUGGUGGAUGUUCAAUCAAUUUCUUUGUCGUUCAGUACAAGCCUCUUAACCAACAAGAGUGGAUUUUGCUGUCCACCAAUGUCCUUCCAGAGCAGAGAACGGUAACGGUGACCGACUUGACCCCAGCCAGUCACUACAUGCUCCUGAUGACGGCCCAUAAUGACGCUGGAACGACGGAAGCUGAGUACCAAUUUGCCACUUUGACACUCUCGGGAGCUACCGUCCCUCCAUUAACUUCAAUAAUGGACAGUGAAAGAGAGCUCUUCCAGCAACUUAAGAUUAUUAUACCCAUAGCCUGCACGACAGUGGUAUUAGUACUGAUUGUUACAGUAGCUUGUGUUGUUCUAAUUCGGCGUCGUCAAACCCCAACGGAAGAAACUCAACAGGAGCGGGAAGUCUCGAAGCCUGUGGAUACCGUACCUAUGACUGUGUGGGAGAAAGCCGGAAGAGGCGAUACGAGAUUAUCGCAUAGCAGAGAACAGCUGUACUUCCCUGCUCCUUACGCCACAUCUCGCAUUUCCAUGUACUCAGCAGACGGAGAUCCGGAGGCAGCCCACCAUCAGCAACAGCAGCAUCACCAUGGGACGACGCACACAUGGAGACCGGAAGAGCGGGAGCACACAAUAUCAUCGUCGACGAAGCGGACGGCAGACAGGAAGGAAGAGAAAUUGGAUACCAGAUAGGAAGGCAUCUAUACCUAAAUCCAG